AUGAGCGACGGAGACUUUGACGAUGGAGGCGGCGGAGGCUUUGGAGGAUACACCGAGACAACAAAUCAAUCCUACUUUGACCGCAUGCAAAAUGCCUGCGCUGGUGUAUGCAUUGGUUUCCUCCUUUUCUUUGGAAGCUGGGGAGUCCUAUUCUGGAAUGAGGGAAGGGCUGUGAGGAGACAAGAGGAUCUUGAUGAAGGUCGAGGUAUUGUGAAACAAGUUGGAUUGACAAGCAUUAAUGCCACCAUUGACAAGAGUUUGGACAACCAACUGGUCUAUGUCAGUGGUCUUGUGGAUGGAGGUGAUGCCGUGAUCUACGACGAUCUUUUCAAGAUUAAUGUUACCAACGCAACGAAUGCAGCUAUUAAGUACGAGCGCAAUGUGCAAGUGUACCAAUGGGAAGAACGAUCUUCAACCAGAACUGAGAAGACUUCUGGCGGCGGAACGAGAAAGAUUACAACAUAUUCUUACGAGAAGGUGUGGAAAUCUAAUCUGGUUUCGUCUAGUUCCUUUAAGGAGGCAGUGACGCCACCAAACCCAACAAGUUACUUGGUGACAAGCGCUUUUCUUGCGUCUGAUGAUAUUGGCCUUGGUCCAUUUGGACUUGCAGGUGACAUUACAAGUCAGAUCAGCUGGGAGACACCUUGGUAUGAUGCACCUGUCGAUCUGUCGUUGCUCAAUUUCACUGGUUACACUUCUAGUUUUUCUGGGGGUCAAGUGCGAUUUCGAAAAGCCUCAGGAUUUGAUUCUAUCGGUGACCACAUAGUCGACUUUACUAUUGUCUUGCCUGAUGACAUUAGUGUGGUUGCCAGGCAAGGUACUAACGGACAACUCGAGCCAUACAUUACCGAAGGCGACCGAGAGCUACUACUCUUCUCCAGAGGUAUCAGAACCUCUGAUGAACUUUUCGACCAAGCUGAAGAAGAUAACAACACAUUGACUUGGAUUCUCCGACUUGCUGGAUUCAUUGCUAUGGUCGUCGGUGUCUGCUUGAUUCUACAACCCAUUGCUACAGCAUUCGAUGUUCUACCUUUCUGCGGAGACGCUUUGGAAGGAUGCAUCGGAGGAUGUAUCAUUCCAUGUAUCGCCUUGGUUAUUUCUAUUCCAUUCACUCUAUUGAUCAUUUCCAUUGCUUGGAUCUUCUAUCGCCCAUACUUUGCAAUUGGCUCGAUCGUCAUGAUUGGUCUACUGGGCUUGUUUUACGUCAAGUACCUGAAGCCCAAGCUUUCCAAGCCCCCACCCCAGCAGCAACAGCAGCAGCAUAACCCCGAGACGAAGCCUCCCAAUCAGGGCUACAAUGAAAAUUAUGGUCAACCUGAAGCAACUGCCGAACCAAUGGGAUAUGAGCAACACAACAAGGUUGCAGAGCCAGUCGGAUACGGGCAACCAGUUGGGUACCAGCAACAGAACAAAGUCGAGGAGCAAGUUCCCUUUGGUCAGGCGCUAGAUAACCCUCCACCUGCCACUAAUCCUGGAUUCUCUCCCCCUCCGGCUUAUCCAGCCCCGACGAACACUGGCGGCGGAUACGUUCCACCCUGA